AUGUGCAAGUGUUUCCCUACGAGCUUGGCUGGACCAGCUCUCAAUUGGUUCAAGAAUCUAGCUCAAGGCUCAAUCGCCAGUUUCCAAGACUUAUGCGAUAAGUUCAUAAGCCAGUAUUACGGGAAUAAGCGUUCGGCUAAGGAUGUAUCAAGCCUUUUCACAAUGAAGCAGCAUGAGGAUGAGCGGCUCCAAGCUUUUCUCACCCGGUUCAACCUCGUUAAAAGCAUGUUAAUGGAGUGUCACCCGUCAACAGCAGUCCAAACAUUUAAACUCGCAAUGAACCGGGGGACGCCGUUCCACACCAACUUGGUGGUUAAUACGCCAAAGACAAUGGACGAGCUGAACGAGAAAGCUGACGGUUUUGUUCGCCUUGAGGAGGAAGAAACAGCUAAUUCAAGGAAGACGUCAAUUAUUUCGACGGAGGAAAAGUCCAAAGCCAAGAUCCGGCAAAAACAAGCUCAACCGAAACGUCACCCCUCAUGGAAGGCGGAGAAGAGGCCUAGGGAGGAGGAAUCAAUCACUUCACUCAGAGUCACCUUAGCAAGGCUAUACCAGGAGAACAAAGAUAAGUUUCGUCCUCCUCUGCCAAUCAGGAACCUAAGGAGGCAAGUAGAGAUGCUAAUCGCAAAGGGGGAAUUUGCAAGCUAUGUUCAAGGUCUGGCGCAAGAGCAUAACCGCCCGAUUGAACAAAUCAAGCGGAACCAGAGGCCGAACCAACACAACUCUCAGCCCGUCCGGAUUAUAAAUGCAAUUCAUAGCCGGCCUGAACAAACAACGGAGUCAGAAGAGUUGCUCAGAACGAGGUUACGCCAGGCCCAGCUGAAAAGAAGAAUUGGUAGUGUGCAUGCUUUGCACCAGCAGAACGCGUCCACAUCGAUAAAGUUUGACAAAACAGACCUGCUACGCGUUCAGAUUCCUCAUGAAGAUCCACUAGUCGUCAGUCUGACGAUUGCAGAAUGCUUGGUUCAGAGAGUCCUGAUUGAUCCAGGAAGUAGUGCAAAUGUCAUGCCCAGGGUGACGUUCGACCGACUGGAGAUCGAUCUCGAAAAACUCAAACCCACAGGAAAUCUGUUGCUCGGAUUUGAUGGGAAGCGAGUGGAACCCAUUGGAAUGGUGGAAUUGACAGUACAAGCCACUAAGCGGGUUUUGACUGAAAGUUUUAUGGUAGUCGAAAUUCAUCCAUCAUACAACCUCUUGAUGGGCAGAGGAUGGAUUCGCAGAAUUCAGGGCGUUCCGUCAACCUUACAUCAAAACCCUCCUCUCAGCAAGGAUAGGGGGGAGGAGCCACCAGUUCUGACCACAGAACCCCUUCAUGAAGUGAAGAUUGAUCAUGAGAAACCAGACCGAACAACAAGGGUGGGAACCAGACUCACUGAAGAAGAAAAACUAGAGUUGACUAAUUUCUUGAUUCGGAAUGCGGAUGUAUUCGCAUGGAGCCAUUCAGAUAUGCCAGGAAUAAAUCUUGCUGUAUCCUGCCAUUCCCUUAAUGUGGAUCCGAAUGCAAAGCCAGUGAAGUAG